AUGACAGCUGACGAACUUGCACUAAGCGGCAAUGCCCUCCCGUACGGAGCAGGUUUUGGGGCCUUUGGGGCAGGUCCAGUCGGCUAUGGGGCUGCACCUUUCGGAGCUGCACCAGGCUACGGAUUUAAUAGUGCUGCUACAAGCGGCGGUGGAUUUGCAGUCACCAGUAUGUCACCAAUAUCACCAACAGGCAUCAGUGUAGUUUCAGAAAAUGCUAUCGAAGGCCCUCUAUCUAUCACUGGUCAACUACCUUUCCUUGGAGCCAUAGCUUUAGAAGGAGCUUUACCGACAGCUGGUGCAGGAGCUAUCAACUACGGCUGUGGUAAUGGGGCCGUAGGAAUCGUAAGUGAGGGAUUGGCCCCAACUGCGGCCCCUGCAGCAUACCCUGCUGGUCACAACUAUGGAGCGGCUGGAUUCGGUCCUGGUAUGGGAUACCCUGGAAUGGCUGGAAGAUCAUUCAACGGUCUGGGUGGUUUAGGAGCUGUAUAUUAG